AUGGAUCCACUAUCCCUCGCCCCCUUCAUCCUCAGCGUAAUCGUCAUCUCCGAGAAAACGGGCUUCUUAAUCAAAGACCUGAUCUCACGCUACAAGUCCGCGCCCAUAACCCUAACAUUAAUCCAGACCGAAAUCAUUACCAUCCUAGACGCGCUGCGACGAUUGGAGCGAUUAUGUCAAAACGACCCAGACUCUAUCAGCACGCGGUUCAGCUCGCAGGCCGACUUGGUCGAUACGUUCGACAGUGCGCUCACGGGCUGCGUGACUGUGAUUUCUUGUAUCGAGCAUGAACUGUGCAAGGUGUCGAAACGGCGGCCGUUUCAAUCGAUUAAAUGGACGGGCAAUAUCAAAUUCAUGUUUACGGAGAAUGCGAUAAAGGCGCUGUUGCAGCAUCUGGGCGGGCAGAGGGGUGCGAUUCAGCUACUUCUACAGAGCCUGCAGGUCGAGACGAUGGCGAGCAUGCACCAGAAGCAGGACGAAUUGGCUAAGAUCUUGAGAGCUAGGAUGGCGGAUAGUCGGAGCUUGCGAGAACGGUACCCACAAGUCCGACCUCCGGAGUCUAUUAUUCAGGGGACUAAGGACGGCGGCAAUGGGUCGAGUACUUUGAGCGGAAAUGACGCAGAGUCUUUAGGCAGCACGACGGAGAGGGCGUUUGAUCAGGAAGUCAUCGACUCCAAAGUAUAUCGGAGAACAUUCUCCCAAUACGAGAAGAUCAUAUCAAGAGCGAAAACGUCCGAAACGAAAGCCGGACGCACGCAAACCUUUGCAAAGGACGAGCCCAAAGUCCAACUCCCUGGCGAACAGGAUGCAAGACAUCCGGACGAUAGCGAGUCUCUUUCCAGUCGACCAAGCUCAAUAUCAGUCGAGAAUUCCGCAAACUCUGCCCCUAGGCAUUUCGAGCCUCUGGAAGGCGUCAUAGUCGAGCUUCCCGCAGAUACCGCCUCAGGCAAGCCCCUCGAUAUCAACAGCGUCUUCUCAACUGUUCGAUCUGCCUCACGGUACAAUCCAACGGUCCAGCCUCCCACGGGAGAAACCUAUGCCGGGGUAGAUCGCGAGGCAGUCAUAGCCAGCAGCAGUGCUCGUUUCCAUCUCUCUAUGUACGAGAGGGACAUCUUGGACAGUGAGCUGUUUUCGGCAGUCUCAGAUCAAACCAAACUAAGGCCUAAUAUGCAAAAAAUCGCAACCCUCCUCGACCGUGGCGCAUACAUCAAUGCCCAGCAUUCUGACAGCCAAUACGAAUAUGCCCUCCAAGCCCUAUGCUCGUGGAGCCGUGACGCGAGCGUGGUCGAACUACUGCUUCGAAGGGGCGCUGAUGUGAACGCCACUGGAGGCUGCUUCGGCAAUGCGCUUGCAGCGAGUUGUUCAAUUGCUGCUGAGGAUGUGGUGGAGUUACUACUCAGGGCCGGCGCAGAUCCCAGCGUGACUGCCAUCAGAUCUCUUUUGCAAUCAAGGCAGGUCGCUCAGAGACAGGCGGACGAGGCUGAGACAGUAUCUGAUGCGAGCUCUGACUACUCCAUCACAGCUGAGAUGAAAACGCUUCCUGGUGCAUUUCUGCAGUCUUGGGAUGAGUCUGCCCAGAGUAGGAGCGGCUGGUGA